UUUGUGGGAGUUCGCCGUAGUGAAUGGCGGCUUUUAUGCUGGAGCUUGGAUAUGUGUCUUGUUUUUCAUUGCAAGUGAGAUACGACGCCGCAGUAGUGAUUUGUAGUGUGUUGUUCAGCUAGAUUGUAUCGUUUCAUCCCCUCCUUCGUGUCGCUCAGGUAGUUGGGAUCGUUUCUCUGCGGGAUUUUCAUGGCGGCCUCGGCCCUAUUCGAACUCAUUCGUCAUUAAUCCUUCGGCAUUGAAGGAUGCAAGUUUCACGAAGAUGAAUAUCCUAUUCUGAAAAUUAGUAACUGGUGAAAUCAGUGUGUAGACCAUGGCCCUCGUGCAGGGAAUACAGACUGUGCUCUACAGCCACAUGCGACAUCUGCAACCUCCACAUCAACCCCUCGAAUGCAGUAGCAAUUUGAAGGACUUUUCAUGUAAGGACUUUAGAGGUAAUCGUGGUUUGGGUUCUCAGACUAAGAGAAUUAUCAGUGCUGAGGCAAGGAAACAGAGGUUUGCGCGUCUGAGAUUUUUCCAUCAGGAGCCGGUGUGGCUUACGUAUCGGAGCAAACUCAGGGGUGAGAAGUUUGUAUUAGGCUCGGGUCCCCUGAAUUGUUUACAAACAAGGCAAGUGGAGCAUGCGGAGGACACAUUGCCGAAAGAGAAAACAUUGGAUUCUUGUGUUGAAAUUAAGAAGGGAGAUGUUACAGAGACAGAUGAGUGGGCUGUUAAGAAGGGUCUGAAUGCAUUGGAUGCUUACUUUGACAAACUCCACGCGAGCAGGGCGGAAGAAAAAUCUAUCUCAACAUUACGAUCUCAAGGAACAGAUACUGGGGUUCCUACGACUGCCUUGCCACCCAAAACAGACAGUAGUGGGCUGGUUGUGACUUCCGAAGUAGCUGACGCAGGAAACGUAGUGAAGGAUCGUGUAGAAGAUGACAAAUUCAAAAGUAAAACUGAUGCACACUCCGACAAGAGCGGUCUUGAUGCACUAGAUGCAUAUUUCGGCAAGUUACGUGAACCUGAGAAAAUCGCAGGCUCCUACGAGGAUAUAAAGAAGGCAGUGGAAGAGGGCAAGCAGAGCACAGUCAACGAAGAGAAGGAAGUAAAUAUCAAGGUCGCUGGUGCAUCGGAAACUUCUGCAGAGGAGGAUGAGGAACUAGAAUAUAGAGAGCUCAUGAAAGAGCUAGAGAAGGCUCUUCGGCAACAAGCUGAAUCAGGAAAGCUUCUUUCUGCAGAAAAUGAGAACUUCAUGCAGGGUUCUUCUUGGGGUUUGCAAGCUGCCACUCCGAAUUCCUAUUUUGUGAACGGCUUGGUGGCUUUGAAUAUCGCUGUAUAUUUGUUUGGCUUGGCCAGUCCUCUAGAGGUGCCUGGUAUGGUCGAUGCCUCUCUUCCUUAUCUCUAUGGAGCAAAAGUGAACGAACUAAUCGUGAAUGGCGACUGGUGGCGUCUAGUUACUCCAAUGUUUCUGCAUUCUGGCCUCUUGCACUUAGGUUUGAGUACCUGGGCAUUGCUAGAAUUCGGUCCUGCAGUGGAAAGUGCGUAUGGAACUUUAGGGUUUACCAUGAUCUAUCUACUUGGCGGUGCGUAUGGUAACCUACUGAGCUUCUUCCACACACCUCAAGGCACUGUUGGUGGAUCUGGCCCCAUCUUUGCCUUAAUGGCUGCUUGGGUGGUCUAUAUACUACGCAACCGUGAUAUAAUCGGUCUGGAUGUGGCAGGUGAAAUAGUUCGGAAAGUGAUCAUUUUUACUGCCAUUACUUAUGCAUUGUGCAACUCCUUCCCUGUUGAUGACUGGACCCACUUGGGAGCAGCAAUAAGUGGCCUUUCCUUUGGUCUACUCACUUGCCCCCUAGUUCGAGUGAAUGUGCACGUUGAAGAUGUGAAUGAUGAAAAUGAUGAUGACGCAAUGGAGUCGUAUCUUCUAUUGAACGAGGGCAUUCAUCCAUAUCGGCUCCUCCUUGUGUUUGGCCUCUCCGUGGCAGUGUUUUUCGCUCUCUACAGCGUAGGCGUACCAUAUGCAACAGAGUUUCACUUUCUCCAUGGCGGCCUUGGUGAUGAGUAUUGGUAACAUAAUGCGCUUUUUUUUGGCACUAGAAAUGCAGUUGGCAGCAGAGAUCAAACUCCAGGUGUCCAUCUCGACCGAUAUUUGCAAGCACAGCAGACAGACAUCCAUCACAACAGCAUCGGCUGGUGGGGCAUGUCCUUGAUGUCCAUACUUCAUUAGAUAUGCUAAAUAGGGCCUUUUGUUCAGGGCCAAGUCCAGGGUGAGGUUAAACGAUGGAGUACACGCAUAUAACAGCUUUGAGAUACAGUUGGUUUGCUGUGAAGCUUUGAAUUGUCAACCAUUAAAGUGGCGGUAGAGGAAGAGCUUGGGUAGCACCAACUGUGGUUGUGACGUGAAAAUUCUGAUUGCCGUUGAAAGUAUGACCACGGUGGGUAUCGUUGUAUCCAGAACAAACAAAGCAUAAGUCUCCUAAGAGAUUUCGAAUUGCUUUUCAUGGUG